CUACAAUACUUCUCCAUACUAAGCACCAUGAGUCCCAGUCCCUUCCACGUUAUUGAGCACUCGAUACUCGGUCAACACAUUCGUGAUCAUCAUCAUGCGAUCAAAGGUCGUCAAGAAACUGCUCUCCGACUCGCUAUUAAGCAAUACAUCCCUGCAGACCAACCCCUCGACCCCGUACCCGAGAACGCUGUCACCAUCAUAGGAGCCCACGGCACAGGCUUUCCUAAGGAAGUCUACGAGCCCUUGUGGGAAGAGCUCUACGCUCAAAUGAAGCUCGCUUCUAUCCCGCUGCGCGCCAUCUGGGUCGCCGACGUCUCAAACCAGGGAGCCAGCGGUGUGUUGAACGAGGAUAUCCAGGGUGAUCACACGCACUGGUUCGACCACUCCCGCGAUUUGCUUCAUAUGGUCAACCACUUCCGCGAUCAGAUGUCGCGUCCGAUUAUUGGAGUCGCGCAUAGUAUGGGAUGUGCUCAGCUCGUUCAUCUUUCGAUCAUGCACCCUCGCCUCUUCUCCACGCUCAUCCUCAUCGAGCCUGUGAUUCUCGACUUCGCCGGCCGCACCGCCGGCAGCCCCAACCCCUCCCGCUCUGCCGCCCUCCGCAAAGACCUGUGGCCCUCCCGCCCCGCCGCCGAGGCCGCCCUCCACAAAACCCUCCUCCGCAAAUGGGACCCUCGCGCUGCCGCCCGAUACAUGCAAUAUGGGCUCCGCAACCUCCCGACCAGACUAUACCCGGACGUCGACACCAACAAUAUCACCACAUCUUCUUCGCCUCCUCACACAGCCCACGAUGACACCAUCGUCUCUGCAAUAACCUCCAACCCGCCUGCUUCGGCCGUUACGCUAACAACGACCAAACACCAUGAGGCAUGGAGCUAUUCGGUCCCGAACCUGGAGCCCGCCCGCGCGGGACUAGAUUACUUGCUACUGCCAGACUGGGACGCGGAGUUCGAGCGCCCGUACAUGGUGUCCCGCCCGGAGUGUCAGGUCAGCAUGCACAAUCUGCCGUUCGUGCGGCCCAGCGUGCUCUGGGUCUUUGGCGGGCGGAGCUAUCUGUCGCCGCCGGAGGAGCAGGAGAAGAAGGUGAGCUUGACGGGGUCCGGGACGGGGGGCAGUGGCGGGGUGAAGGAGGGGAUGGUGCAGAAAGCCGUUCUAGAGAAAGGGUCGCAUAUGCUAGUGGUGGAGAAUGUGGAGUGGUGCGCGAAAACGGCGGGAGCGUGGUUGGCGAGUUGGUUUCGACGGUAUGCGCUGGAGGAGCAGUUCUGGCGGGAGUACCGCAGUAAGAAGUCUGAGGGAGGGGAGAUGCUGCGAGCGUCGAAGCAGGGCUUAGAGGCGUCGUUGGGGCCUUUGGGGGUGGAGAGGCCGAAGGGGAAGCUGUAG